AUGGCGAACGACGAAUAUGACGUGAUGGUCCUCAUCGGAGACUCAGGUGUCGGUAAAUCCAACCUGUUGAGCAGAUUCACCCGCAACGAGUUCAACCUCGACUCCAAGUCGACCAUUGGCGUCGAGUUCGCGACCCGCUCGAUCCAGGUAGACGCCAAGACCAUCAAGGCCCAGAUCUGGGACACAGCUGGCCAGGAGCGGUACCGCGCCAUCACAUCGGCCUACUACCGCGGCGCCGUGGGAGCGCUGCUCGUCUACGACAUCAGCAAGCACCAGACUUACGAGAAUGUUACAAGGUGGCUGAAGGAGCUGCGCGACCAUGCCGACUCGAACAUCGUCAUCAUGCUGGUUGGAAACAAGAGCGAUUUGAGGCAUCUGCGGGCAGUGCCCACCGAGGAGGCCAAGCAGUUUGCGAGCGAGAACAAUCUGUCCUUCAUCGAGACGUCCGCCCUGGACGCCAGCAACGUCGAGCUUGCUUUCCAGAACAUCCUCACAGAAAUCUACCGCAUCGUCUCCAGCAAGGCACUCGACCAGGGCGAGGGCAGCCAGAACGUCCUCGGCGGCGAGCGCAAGGUCCUCGAGAUCAGCAAGUCGGCCGAUGCAGAGCAGAAGAAGGGAUGCUGCUAG